GGCGGCGGCGGCGGCUCCGUGGCCGGUGCCUCGCCCGGUGCCUCGCCCGGCGCUUCGCCCGGCUGCCCUCCCGUCCCUCCCGCUCCGCCGGCAGCAUGAGCGUGGUGGAGCACGUGCGCGAGAUGGCGGCCGCCGGGCUGCACUCGAACGUGCGGCUGCUCAGCGGGCUGCUCCUCACCAUGAGCGGCAACAACCCGGAACUGUUUUCACCAUCUCAGAAGUACCAGCUCCUUGUUUAUCAUGCAGACUCUCUGUUCCAUGACAAGGAAUAUAGGAAUGCUGUCAGUAAGUACACCAUGGCCUUGCAGCAGAAAAAAGCCUUAAGUAAAACUUCCAAAGUGAGACCUUCCACUGGGAAUGCUACAUCAACACCCCAAAGCCAGUGUUUGCCAUCAGAAAUUGAAGUGAAAUACAAAAUGGCUGAAUGUUACACGAUGCUGAAGCAAGAUAAAGAUGCCAUUGCCAUUCUUGAUGGGAUUCCUUCCAGACAGAGGACCCCAAAGAUCAAUAUGAUGUUGGCCAAUCUCUACAAGAAGGCAGGUCAGGAGCGCUCCUCUGUGACAAGCUACAAAGAAGUGCUGAGGCAGUGCCCUCUGGCACUGGAUGCCAUCCUGGGCUUGCUCUCACUGUCAGUGAAAGGAGCAGAAGUGGCCUCCAUGACCAUCAACAUCAUCCAGAGCAUUCCCAACUUGGACUGGCUUUCUGUGUGGAUCAAGGCAUACGCCUUUGUGCAUACUGGAGACAACACAAGAGCAAUAAACACCAUUUGCUCUUUGGAGAAGAAGUCCUUGCUGAGGGAUAACGUGGACUUGCUGGGGAGCUUAGCAGACCUGUACUUCAGAGCUGGAGAUAACAAAAACUCCAUCCUAAAAUUUGAACAAGCACAGAUGCUGGAUCCUUACCUCAUAAAAGGGAUGGAUGUGUAUGGUUAUUUAUUGGCACGUGAAGGGCGGCUCGAGGAUGUGGAGAACUUGGGCUGCCGCCUCUUCAAUAUUUCUGACCAGCAUGCGGAACCCUGGGUGGUGUCUGGGUGUCACAGUUUCUACAGCAAACGCUACUCCCGUGCCUUGUACCUGGGAGCCAAAGCCAUCCAGCUGAACAGCAACAGCGUCCAGGCGCUGCUCCUGAAAGGAGCGGCCCUGCGGAACAUGGGCCGGGUGCAGGAGGCCAUCAUCCACUUCCGAGAGGCCAUCCGGCUGGCGCCCUGCCGGCUCGACUGCUACGAGGGUCUCAUCGAGUGCUACCUGGCAUCCAACAGCAUCCGUGAAGCCAUGGUGAUGGCAAACAACGUGUACAAAACCCUGGGAGCAAAUGCACAGACACUCACCCUGCUGGCAACCGUCUGCCUGGAGGACCCUGUCACCCAGGAGAAAGCAAAAACCUUGCUGGACAAAGCACUAACACAAAGACCUGAUUACAUUAAAGCUGUGGUAAAGAAAGCAGAACUUCUUAGUAGAGAGCAGAAGUAUGAAGAUGGGAUUGCUUUGCUGAGGAAUGCUCUGGCCAAUCAGAGUGACUGUGUGCUGCACCGGAUCCUGGGGGACUUCCUGGUGGCUGUCAAUGAGUACCAGGAGGCGAUGGACCAGUACAGCAUAGCCCUGAGUUUGGAUCCCAACGAUCAGAAGUCACUGGAAGGAUUGCAGAAAAUGGAAAAAGAGGAAAGCCCAACAGAUGCCACCCAGGAAGAAGAUGUGGAUGACAUGGAGGGAAGUGGAGAAGAAGGGGACUUGGAAGGCAGUGACAGCGAAGCAGCUCAGUGGGCAGAUCAAGAACAGUGGUUUGGGAUGCAAUAAAAGUCUCACCUGCUGCUUGUUCUGGCACUGGAACACACCACUAGGGCCAUUCUUCUUAGAAGAACAGAAACUAUGAUUUUUUUGUGGUAUCAAAGGACCUUUUUUUGUUUGUUUGUUUUUUUUAAUAGACUCUGAAACCAUUUAAUACUCCUGUACAUCUCAGUACCAUGAAGAUUCCUGAUGCUUCUUAUUUAUUAAGUAUAAGGGACUAACUGCAUCCACAGUUAUAUCUGCAACUUUCAUUAUGAAAAAUUCCUGCUAAAACUGAAACCAUCAGAAUCUGAGGUGUGUAAUGAACCUGUUGGGAUGCAAACAAUGUCUGAAUUCUGUCCAGGGCUAAGUGUGCUUGGAGCUGUAAAUACAGGGGUUUGUACCCCUUGCUGAGAAGGCUCUUACUCUCAUCGUGUGCUCCUGUUUGGGCUCGUGCUCCUGUUGAAGUCUGGGGUGGUUGCUUGGAUGUGACUGAAAGCAGCACUUUUCUCUUGCUGUGUUUGUUGAAUUAAUUUGUCUUUUUCCAGGGCAUUACCUGUGCUGUCCAGGAGAAGUUUGGGACAACAGGCAACUUGGACUUACAGGAUGUUUUUUGUAGCUGACUGAUUUCUCUGUGUACAGAGCUGAGCCAAUGGUGGAGAAUUAAAGUCAUUUUCUCAGCCCUUACCAAACCCUGUAAUCACUUAAAAGUCUGUACAUGAGCAUUUAUUUUAAAAUGAAGUUUAGUUUUAUUUCAGGAUGUUCCUAAAAGCUCUUACAGCAGUGACUCAAAGCACUUCACAUUCUGUAUACAGCACUGACAUUUAAAAUGGUAUAAAAGGAAUCCAUCCCCUCUUGCCUUGCAUUGCUGGAGAAAUGUUAAAUUAUGCAAAUAGCCAUAUUGGCCUGGGUUUUCCAUGUUUAUGUACUUCCUGGUUCUGUCAGGUAAUACUUGAAUUCGUGUGUUUUCCCCUCACCUUUGGAAGCAAAGUCGCUUCAUGUACAAAUCCUCAGCAUUUCAAGGGUGAGGCUGCUUUGGGUAAUCUAGAAACUGUUGCAGUUCUGUGGGCUUGAUGUGUGGGAGGAGGAAUUACUUAUUUUUCUUACUGUUCUGAUUGCCUUAGUCUUUACCAAAACAUGGGGUUUUUUAUCUUUAUAUUGGCAAUUUAAUUCCUUUUGUAUUUAUUCUGUUGCCACAGGUAUGCUGGAGCACACAGACUCUUUUUAGAAGGCUAAAAAAUAGUUUUGAGUAUCAGUUGGAGGAAAAAUGGCUCUGUGAUACAAAUACAUGAGAUGGAAAAGAAGCUUCUCCCUGUAAGGCAGAUCAGGGUAAAAUAUCAUCCCUCUGUGAUAUUGCAUCAAAAAUGCAAACAGAAAGAAUAGGCAGAUUAUGGGGCUGUUUUGGAAAUGUUUUGGUAUGUCACAUCUAACAAAGGAGGAGUCUAAUAGUAUAUCCAUCUGAAAAAAGAAAA